AGACCGGGAGCCGGGAGCUGAGGCGGUACUCGCCGGAACAAAGGCUCCUGCCCGGCCGGGCUCGGGCUGCAGGGAGCGCGCCGUGGCCUGGGGCUCCCGAGCGAGCCGCCCUGGGGGAAGGAGCCGCUCCCCGGAGCGCCAUGCCCCCCACGGGGCCCGGCGGCGCCUGGUGGAUUCUCCUGUCCCUCUGCAGCUUGUGCGGGGCUCAGCCCCCGGAGAGCCAGGGCUAUUUGAUAGCAGCACCUUCUGUUUUCCGAUCAGGCGUAGAGGAAGCUGUUAGUGUGACCAUCUUUAACUCAAUCAAGGAAACAACAGUCCAGAUUCAGCUAGUGGUCAAAGGAGAAACAGUGGCACGAGGCCAUGGAGCAGUUCUGGAUAAAGGGACAAUCAAGCUUAAGGUGCCUUCAGGGCUUCGUGGACAAGCACAUUUAAAAGUCUGGGGAAACCGGCACCUAACGGAGGAAGGUUACAUCUUUCAUAACUAUACCACAGUAACCAUAGAUAGCAAAGGGUCAUCGGUGUUCAUCCAGACUGACAAGCCUGUCUAUAAACCCAAGCAGAAAGUGCUGAUAAACCUGUUUACGGUCACUUCUGACCUGCGACCGAUCAAUGAGAAGAUUGAAGCCUACAUAGUCGAUCCUCGGGGGUCUCGGAUGAUAGAAUGGAGCAAUCUGAAGCCAUUUUGUUGUGGUAUUGUAAAUAUGAGUUUCCCUUUGUCUGAUCAGCCAGUAUUUGGCGAGUGGUUUAUCUUUGCUGAAAUGCAAGGGCAUGCAUACAACAAAUCCUUUGAAGUUCAGAAAUAUGUGUUACCAAAAUUUGAGCUGUUGAUUGAUCCACCUCUCUAUAUCCGAGAUCUUGCAACUUGUGAAAAGGGAACUGUCCAUGCCAGAUACACGUUUGGGAAACCAGUGACAGGAAAGUUAACUGUCAACAUGACUAUAAAUGGAGUGGGGUACUACCGGCAUGAAGUGGGACACCCUGUCCUCAAAACCAUAGAGAUUGAUGGCUCUGCUGUUUUCGAUGUGUGUGUGAGAGACAUGAUGCCAGCUGAUGUCCCAGAGCAUUUCCGAGGCACGGUCAAUAUUUGGGCCACUGUGACCAGCUCUGAUGGGAGCAAGCAGGUCACGUUUGAUGACUCAACACCUGUUCAGAAACAGCUGAUUGACAUCAAGUACACUAAGGAUACUAGGAAGCAGUUCAAACCUGGCCUACCCUACAAAGGGAAGGUAGAAGUCACUUACCCUGAUGGGAGUCCUGCUGACGGGGUCACAAUUCGAAUCAAAGCUGAGUUAACUCCAAAGGAUAACGUUUACACAAGUGAACUGGUAUCCAGAAGUGGCUUGGUGGAGUUUGAAAUCCCCUCUAUUCCUACAGCUGCCCAGUAUGUCUGGCUGGAGACCAAAGUGACAGCAAUUGAUGGGAAACCUGCAGGGGACCAAUAUCUGCCAAACUACUUGUCUAUCAGCAGCUGGUACUCUCCUAGCAAGUGCCAUAUCCAGCUCCAAGCACCAGACAAGCCUUUCCAGGUGGGAGAGGAGGCCCAGAUCGCAGUGAAGUCCACAUGUCCAUGUAAUUUCACUCUACAUUACGAAGUUGCAUCGCGAGGUAAUAUUGUCCUUUCAGGGCUGCAGCCUGGUAACAUCACACAGCAAAGGAGCAAAAGAGCCACGUUCCCCUUUGAUAAGAACAUCCAUGUCACUCAUUUCCCAGGAACAGCACCUACCAACCCCCCUGCAACGGAGGUUGAAGUCUGCAUGACCUUCCUCCAUUUCAUGGUGGCUCACAGCAUGGCUCCUCUGGGCCGUCUCUUGGUGUAUUACGUCAGGGAGAAUGGAGAAGGGGUCACAGACAGUCUGCAAUUCACUGUCAAGUCCUCCUUUGAAAACCAGGUUUCAGUGGCACUUUCAGCAAAUGAGACAAGGCCUGGUGAUGUUGUGAACCUCAAGAUUAAAGCCGCGAAGGGAAGCUGUGUCUGCAUUGCCACGGUGGAUAAGAGCGUCUACCUUCUCAAGACAGGUUUUCAGCUGACAUCCACCCAGGUUUUCCAGGAGCUGGCAGAGUAUGAUGUUUCUGAUGCCUUUGGGGCUCCCAAGGAAGAAGGGCAUUUCUGGUGGCCAGGCAUGUCCUCACGCAGACGCCGCCGCUCCUCUGUCUUUCCCUGGCACUGGGAUAUCACCAAAGAUGCCCGCUUUGCAUUUACAGAAACUGGUUUGGUUGUGAUGACUGAUUUAGUCAGUCUAAACCACAGACAGAAUGGAGGCAUGUAUACAGAUGAGGCCGUGCCAGCCUUUCAGCCUCACACUGGGACACUGGUAGCUACCAUGCAUUCUAAGAUUGUACCCAGAGCAGAGAAGAAAAAAAGAACAUUCUUCCCUGAAACAUGGAUUUGGCACUGCCUCAAUGUCAGUGAUGUAUCAGGAGAAGCACAGCUGCAUGUGGAAGUGCCUGACUCAAUCACUACAUGGAUAACAGAGGCUGUGGGCCUGUCUGAGAAGAAAGGGCUGGGACUUGCCAAACAAACAGAACUGAAGACAUUUAAACCUUUCUUCAUCGAUUUCACCCUGCCCUAUCAUGUCAUCCGUGGGGAGCAGACCAAAAUCCCUCUGACUGUCUACAAUUACCUGGCUGUCUGCAUAGAGGUUCAUGUGAAGAUUUCAGUUCCAAAAGGCAUAAAGUUUGUUGGACAUCCUGGGAAACACCAUCUGACAAGAAAGAAGUGUGUGGCCCCUGGAAAGGCCAAACCCACCUCCAUAGUUCUGUCCUUCAGUGAGCUUGGACUAAGCAACAUCACAGCAAAAGCAUUUGCUUAUGGUGGAACAAACUGCUGCCAGGAUGGGAUGCAGACCCUGAAGAAUGGCAAGCACUCAGAGGACAAUUACUUGGACAAAAGGACCCCAGUUGGGAUAGACUAUGUCCGGAGUAGUGUUAUUAUUGAGCCAGAGGGAUUACCCAGAGAAUAUACCUACAGUGUGUUCUUCUGCCCUAAUGAGAAAAUUCACAUUUCUACACCUAACAAAUAUGAGUACCAGUAUAUGCAGAAGCCUGCCCGGAUGACUCAUUUCGACAUUGCAGUGAAAGCGCACAAUGAUGCUCAUUUUGCCUUGUCCUCUGGCCCACAUGACAUGGCAGAGAUGACUGAGAUUGUCAUUGGUGGGCAUCAAAAUGCUAAAACAUGGAUUUCUACUAGUAAAAUGGGUGAGCCAGUUGUCAGCACAGACACAGCUGGCAUCCUCUCUUGGGAUGAAUUCAGGAGCUUCUGGAUCAGCUGGAAAAAUGGAAUUAUUCAGGUUGGCUAUGGUACUCAGAUGCUAAAUGAAUCCAUUAUUGUGGAGUGGGCCAUCCCCAAACAGCCCGAGGUGAAGUACAUUGGCUUCUCCACAGGCUGGGGCUCAAUGGGAGAGUUUAAAAUCUGGAGAAAAGAAGAGACUGAUGAAAAUCACAAUGAAGCGUUUACUCUUGGAGUUCCCCACAAUGUGAUCCCUGGAUCAGAAAGAGCUACUGCCUCAAUAAUAGGCGAUGUAAUGGGCCCUACGCUUAACAACUUGGACAAUCUUCUACGAUUACCAUUUGGAUGUGGAGAGCAGAACAUGAUCCAUUUUGCUCCCAAUGUCUUUGUCCUCAAAUAUCUGCAGAAAACCAAACAACUCAGCUCUGAGGUGGAGAGCGAAGCCACAGAUUACCUGGUGCAAGGUUACCAACGCCAGUUGACCUACAAGAGACAAGAUGGUUCCUACAGUGCUUUUGGCGAGAGGGACUCCUCAGGGAGUAUGUGGCUAACAGCCUUUGUUCUCAAGUCCUUUGCGCAGUCUCGUGGGUUUAUUUUCAUCGAUCCCAAGGAAUUAACAGCUGCAAAGGAUUGGAUCAUUCAGCACCAGAAGGAAGAUGGCUCGUUCCCUGCUAUGGGUAGAAUAUUAAAUAAGGACAUCCAGGGUGGAAUCCAUGGCAAGAUCUCACUGACAGCAUAUGUGGUUGCAGCUCUGUUGGAGACGGGCAUCACCUUUGAGGAAGAAAAAGCAGCAGUUGCCAAAGCAAAACACUUCUUGGAGUCCAACUUGUAUUCUGCAGAAGACCCCUACACCACAGCCCUGACUGCAUAUGCCCUGACUCUUCUGCACAGUCCCUCUGCUGCAGUGAUGUUGCGGAAAAUGAACAGCAUGGCCAUUAUGCAAGAUGGCUUUACACACUGGAGCUUAAUGGGGACUCUGGUUACUGAUGAAGAUACAUUCAUGGGAUUUAACGAUGGGCUUUCUCAAUCAGUUGUAUCUGCAGAAGUGGAAAUGACAGCCUAUGGACUGCUGACAUACACGCUCCUGGGAGAUGUGGCCUCUGCACUUCCAGUGGUUAAAUGGCUGUCGCAGCAGAGAAAUGCACUUGGAGGAUUCUCAUCCACUCAGGAUACAUGUGUAGCUCUGCAGGCUCUGGCUGAAUAUGCCAUUCUUUCUUAUGUUGGAGGAGUCAACCUUACCAUUUCCCUGGCUUCCACUAAUUUAGACUAUCAAGAGACUUUUGAGCUUAACAAGAUGAAUAAGAAGGUUCUCCAGACUGCAGUGAUCCCCAGCAUUCCCACUGGGCUGUUCGUAAGUGCCAAGGGCGAAGGCUGCUGUUUGAUGCAGAUUGAUGUCACUUACAAUGUGCCUGACCCUGUUGCUAAACCAGCUUUCCAGCUUCUGGUUAACCUGAAAGAGCCCAAAUCAGAGUGUCAUCGGCAAACUCAGCACCCCCUACGGCCCCUCUCUCCAGAUGAGAAUCGCUCAGAAGCCUCCCACAGAGAACGGGCACUGGUGGAUGAUGAUGACCCAGCUUCUGAUCAAGAUCACCAGGAAUACAAAGUGAUCCUGGAGACGUGCACUAGGUGGCUGCAUUCGGGAUCGUCAAACAUGGCUGUCUUGGAGGUGCCCUUGUUCUCAGGUUUCCGAGCAGAUAUUGAGAGCCUGGAGCAGUUAUUAAUGAACAAGCAAAUUGGAUUAAAAAGAUAUGAAGUUGAUGGAAGAAAAAUCCUUUUUUAUUUUGAUGAGAUUCCUAGCCAGUGCAUGACCUGUGUAAAAUUUCAAGCCUUCAGAGAGUAUAUCGUUGGGAAAACUGCCCCUGUCCCCAUCAAAGUGUAUGAUUACUAUGAGCCAGCUUUUGAAGCAACUCGUUUCUACAAUGUGAGUGAAAACAGCCCCCUGGCUCGGGAGCUCUGUGAUGGGCCAACGUGCAAUGAGGUGGAAAGCUCAGCCAAUCAUUGGGUUGGUUUUGUUCACUCUGGGCCAUGCAACAAUGUUUUUGGCUGUUUAGAAGAUGAGUAUUUUGAGCAGUGCAUGUGCUCCCGGGACUGUGGCUAUGAUGGGGACCCAGUGUGUGGAUCAGAUGGGAUGAUUUAUCAGAACCAUUGCCAGAUGGAGGUAGCAUCCUGCAGGAAUAAUACAAGGAUAGAGCAGAUACCUAUGUCUCAAUGUUCUGCCUCCAAGAAUUUGCCAGAAGAAAGAGAAACACAUUUCCAUGGAAUUGAGCAGCCUAGCAUUCAACAAACUCCUGCAGAGGAAGGCCCUGCGCUCCAGUCAGACCUGUCCUACUACUCUUAUGAGUACGACCCUUAUGCUUCUGAAGCUGACCUCUUUGAGGUUGCAGCAGAGCUGGCAGCAGAGCUGACGACAGCAAGCAGCACGCUGAGAGAAGUGGACAAGAUUCAGGAAGUGGUGACUACAGUAGAAUGAGACAGUCUUCUCCUUGCCUCUGACAAUGAUUCAACAGGAAGGGAAGAAAAACUCCAGUGAGUCUGUGAGAUACAGAAGCGCCUGUUUAUACCAAGGUACUUUGCUAAUUAGAGUUGAUAGCUCUCUCUAGUUAUUGGUGAUUUUGCUUGUAAUCCCUCCAAUGAAAUUAGUAUUUAUAUCUGUAACUGUACAUGAAUAUUAUCAGGAGCAAUCAUUACCAUGGUAUUUAUUUUAAAGCAAAAGUUAUUUUGUUCUUUCUUGUCCACACAUUCCUCCUUUCCCCCUUCUUGAUCAGCUCAAUAGACAACAAAUAGAAAAAGAUUCAACCAACUUAAAAAUUGAGUUGAAAACAACAGCACUUGCUUUGCUGACAUUGAUUCUUUAAUGCACAAUAAUUUGGGUUUCAUUAUUGUGAGUAGAUUGUCAAUUUAGAAAUACAUCUCUGUCAAUUUAAUGUUAAAAAAAACUUCUGCUCAGUUUUUGUUUCCUCAUGUGUGCUAUUUCUGGUGGAGUGAUGAUAGCCCUGGUUCUUGGCCUAACUCCAUCAUAUCUCUUCUGCGUUCAGCAGCUGGUAUUUUCUCAGCAUUCAGAGUAUUGCACCUAUAGGAAAUAGGCUCUAGUUUUUCACCAAGAAUAUUUAAAAAACCCCACAAAACCCAGCUUUGUGAUCAUUUUUUGUUUUCUUCGCACAAAUGUUAGUAUGAGUCCAAAAAAGGGGUUGUUUUAGACACUGAUGAAUAUUUUAUUAAAAACUGAUUUCUAAAACAA